CCCCCGCCCGCCCGCCCGCCGUCGUACGGAACCCGCCUCCACCCGACCCCAAUCGCUCUUUUUUCCCUCGACCCGCGCCCGCCCCCGACGGCCUCGCCACCCCGACCCGAGAUUCUAGGGUUUCGGCCGGCCCACUCCAAUUCGCCGCCUCGCCUGCCCGCCUCGCUCUCCCAAGCUCCCGGGUCGCCCCGCCAGGGUCCUGAUCGCCGCUCCCUCCUCGCUCACUCCCCGCAGCCCGCUGCCUGCCGUCUGGUACAGUGUUUCUUCAGCUGAAUUGGGCUGGGUUUCGUGUCUGGCUAGGUCGUCCCCUGCACCCGAGCCUCUGGUGUGUGCAAAGAUUGCAGCUUUCCGAGGUUCCAGCCUCCUUUCAGCUUGCUCUGCGCUGGGAUGACUGCAGAGCUGUCCUGACGCCCAGCUACCACCAAAGAAGAUGAAUGUGGGGCAGGCGCCACACCUGUCCGGCCAGAUGUCCGGGCAGGGGGCGCAGAUGAACCAGGUCGUUGGCGGCGGCGGCAAUGGCGUCGUCGGCGCCGACGGCAUGCCCCUGCCCCAGCACCAGCAGAUGCACGAUAAUGCCAUGGGCCUUGGCGCCGGGAUUGAUCCCCAGUUCAUCCAGAUGCGCAACAGUAUGCGCGAGAAGAUAUUUGACUACAUAGGAAGGAAGCAGACAUCAGCUGACUGGAGGCGAAGGCUGCCGGAACUCGCGCGCAGGCUAGAGGAAAUCCUGUUUAGAAAAUCCCCAAGCAAGGCUGAGUACUACAACAUGAUGAAGGCGCCAGUGGAGCCGCAGCUGCAGUUUGCUAUCAAGACCUUGAGCGCUCAGAACCAGCAGAAUCAACAGAACCAGCAAAUGUCAAGGCAGAUUGGAUCUUCCUCUGGUUAUGGCACAAUGAUUCCGACACCUGGUAUCACGCAAGGUGCAACUGGAAACUCUAGAAUGCCUUAUGCAGACAACAUGGGUCUUUCGUCAUCUGGUGCGGGCAUGGUUCCUCAGAAUACCAACAUGGGUAACAACAUGCCAGGUUCCAUGUCUAACGGCUACCAGCAUCUAACUACCAGUGCCCCACUAAAUUCUACCACAAGUAAUGUCCCAACUACGAUGGGUCAAAUGGGUAUUCAGCGACAAGUAACCCAUAUGAUCCCAACUCCUGGAUUCAGUAAUCAACAAAACAUACCUGCAAAUCCUGACUAUUCAAAUGGAACUGGAUAUUUCAAUGGCGAGUCGGCUAUGACACCACAUAUGCAGCAGCAGCAGAAGCAAUUUACAAGCAACCAGAAUAGCCAUCAAAUCCAGCAUAUUGGGGGUCACAGUAACUCUGCAAUACAUUCAAGCAUGUUGGACAAUUCUUCUGCAUUUGGUUUAUCAGAUGGACAUGUGAACGGUGGAAUGGGGUUGCAUGGGUCAAACACACAAAUUACAAACAGAAAUGCAGCACCAGAAUCAUACAUGAACAUGUCCUCUUUUGGCAGUUCGCCCAGGCCUUUGCAACAGCAGUUCAAUCAGCUUCCUACGCAGAGAAUAUCAACAUCAGUUGACAUGGGUGGCUCUGGAAGUUUCUACGGUACUGGUUCUUCUACUUUAACAACAGCGAAUAAUCAGAACAUGGGUGCUGCAAACUACCAGUCUAGAUCAAGAAUGAAUUCCAUGUUGCUUACCAAUCAGCUAAACAUACAAUCCAUGCAAGCACAGCCUCAGAUAAAAUCUGAGGUUUUGGAUCAGUCAGAAAAACUUAAUUUUCAGUCAUCCCAGUUGACUCAGGAGCAACUGCUCCGCCAGCAGCUCUCAAUGCAGCAACAGCAGGUGCAGCCAAAUUCCCAGUUUGUGCAAAACCAAUAUCAUCUUAAUCAACAGCUGCCAAAUUCACAACAUCAGCAAACUAUGCUGAGGAGCAAUUCCUUUAAACAGUCUCAACUGAACUCCAGCCAUUCUAUGCAAAUAUCAGAACAGGGAUCUCUGGCACACACCGAGUUGACAUCUUCACAAGCUACUGAAUCUGCUGCACUUCAAAAUUUCCAGGGUCAGUACCAGCAAAGAAGUGCACAUGAUAAUGUCAAGGGAGCACAGCUGUUUGGACAUCUUUCUGGAUCUCAGAACUUCAGUGCUUCUGGUUCUCAUGAUUCUCAGCCAUUGUUGCCCCCUAAUCAGCAGCUUGAUGUCAGCUCGAAUGAUGUCAGCUAUGUCUUGAAAGGAUCACAGCCAGAGCAGAUGCAGCAGCCCCAGUGGCGGCCUCAAACAAUGGAAAAGGCUUCUAUCACUAGCAAUUUAUCUCUUGAAAAGCAAAUACAGGAUGACUUUUCUCAGAGAACAAUGGCCCAGGACGGAGCACAGCAGCCAUUUUCAUCUGACUGGCGUGUUUCUGGUUGCGCUGUGGCCUCAGUUGAUCCUGCAUUGCCGAAGCUCCCUACUGGUGGAUUUGAACAAUCUGCUGCAAAUAUCAAUUAUAUUCGUCAGUUGAAGUGGCUACUGUUGCUGUUUCAUGCAAAAGGAUGUUCUUCGCCUCUUGGAAGUUGUAAAUUCCCUCGCUGUGCUCACCUGCAGGAAUUUGUGAAACAUUUGGACAACUGCCAACGAAAAGAUUGUCCGCAGAAGAAGUGCAGUAAGUCAAGAAUGUUAAUUCAGCAUUAUAAGACAUGUGUUGAUGAGCAAUGUCCUGUAUGUAGUAAUGUAAAGAAAUAUUUGCGCCUCUCAGCUGAACAGGCAAAUAAGCAAAGAGCCCUUGAGCCUAAAGUUGCUCAGCAGAAUAUGACUCAAAGAAUCAUGAAUGGGGUAGAAGGUGAUAUAAUGGACAUUGACCUAGUGUCUGUUGAAUCCUUUGAUGGUCAACAAUCUGUUCCAAAACGUUUGAAGAUGCGUCCUGCAUCACCCAAUAUCCCAGAGCGUGAAAUACUUAGGGCUUCCAAUCCUAAUGUGAUCCCAGGGUUUUUGCCAGAGGAAACACAUCCUGAGUUGCUUGAGCAAACUAAAAAGAUGCCGUACCUGAAACGAGAGGCGGAUGUAAAGGUUGACAUGCGACCUCUGCAGAAUCCUGUAAAGACCGGUUAUGGUACUGACGGAAAUGUGCCUACAGCGAGGCAUAAUGUGAUUCCUGGUGUUUCAAAUGAGAUAAAAUCUCAUGUCAAGCAAGAAAUCUUGUCAAUUGACAAAGAACCAAGUCAAAAUAUCCCUGAGGUUAAGAAUGAAGCAAAUGACUCAGCAGAUGCCACAGCGAAAUCAGGAAAACCAAAGAUAAAAGGUGUUUCAUUGACUGAGUUGUUCACUCCAGAACAAAUUGGCGCACAUAUCGACAGUCUAAGGCUGUGGGUUGGCCAGAGCAAGGCUAAAGCUGAAAAGAAUCAAUUGAUGGUGUCUUCCGAAAAUGAAAAUUCAUGCCAGCUCUGCAAAGUGGAAAAACUUACUUUUGAGCCCCCGCCGAUAUAUUGCUCCCCUUGUGGUGCACGGAUAAAGCGAAAUGCACCAUACUAUACCGUUGGUUCUGGUGAUACCCGUCACUUCUUCUGUAUUCCAUGUUACAAUGAGUCCCGUGGUGACACCAUUGAAGUUGAAGGACAGAAUUUUUUGAAGGCCCGGUUUGAGAAAAAAAGAAAUGAUGAGGAAACUGAAGAAUGGUGGGUUCAGUGUGACAUGUGUGAGUGCUGGCAGCAUCAGAUAUGUGCUCUGUUCAAUGGCAGAAGAAAUGAUGGAGGACAAGCAGAGUAUACUUGCCCAUAUUGCUACAUCAAAGAAGUGGAACAGGGGCUCCGCAUGCCUUUACCACAGAGUGCUGUUCUUGGGGCAAGUGAUCUGCCAAGAACUGUGCUUAGUGAUCAUAUAGAAGAGCGGCUUUUUAAACGUCUUAAGCUGGAGAGACAAGCUCGGGCAUCUCAGUCAGGACGUGCUUUUGACGAGGUUGCUGGGGCUGAAGGUCUUGUGGUCAGAGUUGUUUCAUCAGUGGAUAAGAAAGUUGAAGUUAAACCACGUUUUUUGGAAAUUUUUCAUGAAGAUAAUUACCCGACAGAGUUUCCAUACAAGUCCAAGGCUGUGCUUUUGUUCCAGAAGAUAGAAGGUGUAGAAGUGUGCUUAUUUGGAAUGUAUGUUCAAGAAUUUGGUGCUGAAUGUGCUUAUCCGAACCAACGUCGUGUUUAUUUGUCAUAUCUGGAUUCUGUGAAAUACUUCAGACCUGAGAUUAAAGCAGCCUCCGGAGAGGCCUUACGUACAUUCGUCUACCAUGAAAUUCUGAUAGGUUAUCUUGAAUAUUGCAAGCAGCGUGGAUUCACAAGCUGUUACAUAUGGGCUUGCCCACCUUUGAAAGGGGAAGAUUACAUUUUAUAUUGCCACCCUGAGAUUCAGAAGACUCCAAAAUCUGACAAAUUACGGGAGUGGUACUUAGCUAUGCUUCGAAAAGCUACUAAGGAGGAGAUUGUUGUUGAGCUUACAAAUCUGUAUGAUCAUUUCUUCAUUACUAUGGGAGAGUGCAAGGCUAAAGUUACCGCUUCCCGUUUGCCUUACUUCGAUGGAGAUUAUUGGCCAGGAGCUGCUGAAGAUAUGAUCAACCAAAUUCGUCAAGAAGAAGAUGACCGAAAGCUUCAGAAGAAGAGCAAGACAAAGAAGAUCAUUACAAAAAGAGCUCUUAAAGCUGCUGGUCACACCGAUCUCAGUGGGAAUGCUUCGAAGGAUGCAAUGCUGAUGCAAAAGCUUGGGGAAACCAUUUAUCCAAUGAAGGAAGAUUUCAUUAUGGUCCAUUUGCAGUAUUCUUGUAGCCACUGCUGUAUCCUUAUGUCAUCUGGAAAACGUUGGGUGUGUCAUCAAUGCAGAAGUUUUUACAUCUGUGACAAGUGUUACAGUAUAGAACACCAGCUUGAAGAGAGGGAAAGACAUCCGAGUAACAGUAGAGACACACAUAAGCUCCAUCCGGUUGACAUUGUUGGGAUACCUGAUGAUACAAAGGACAGAGAUGACAUCCUAGAAAGCGAGUUUUUUGACACCAGGCAGGCAUUUCUGAGUCUUUGUCAAGGGAACCAUUACCAAUAUGACACCCUUCGCCGUGCUAAGCAUUCGUCAAUGAUGGUGCUGUACCACCUGCAUAAUCCUACUGCACCAGCGUUCGUCACUACAUGCAAUGUUUGUAAUCAUGAUAUUGAAACUGGUCAAGGCUGGCGGUGCGAAGUUUGUCCAGAUUUUGAUGUGUGCAAUGGUUGUUACCAAAAAGGAGCAGUCAAUCAUCCUCACAAGUUGACAAAUCAUCCAUCUGCUGCCGAUCGUGAUGCCCAAAACAAGGAAGCUCGGCAAAUGCGUGUGUCGCAGCUAAGGAAAAUGCUUGAUCUUCUGGUACAUGCCUCGACAUGCCGCUCCGGUAGCUGCCAAUAUCCUAACUGCCGUAAAGUCAAGGGGCUAUUUCGGCAUGGGAUGCAGUGCAAAACGCGUGCUUCCGGUGGGUGCGCCCUGUGCAAGAAAAUGUGGUACAUGCUUCAGCUCCAUGCCCGAGCUUGCAGAGAUUCCGGAUGCAGUGUGCCGCGGUGCAGGGAUCUCAAGGAGCACCUUAGAAGGUUGCAGCAGCAGUCUGACUCGAGAAGGAGAGCUGCUGUUAACGAAAUGAUGAGGCAGAGAGCAGCGGAAGUUGCCUCGACAUGAUUAGUUGCGUCUGUACAGGUAUAUACUGUUGUUGGAAAGAAGAUAGGAAAGUUAUCCAGCUUCUCGGUCCUCUUGCGCCCCCACACCAAGGAGAAGCUUGGGAUGGUUGAACUGGAGGAUCCAGGGGAAGAAGCUGCUCAGAUGGAUUCUUUCAGGCGAUUGUUUAUCCUGGAGAUGGAAGAAAACGCUGGGCACUCUUCGCUGAUGAUUUAACAUAUGGCCUGGAAGAAGCCCACCUUUUUCCGAAGGGAAGGGUGAAGGGGGUUUGGCGCCCCACUAGGUGGUAGUAACUGUCUGCGCCCGUGCUGACUGUGCUGCUGAUAUCGUCGAUAGGAACCAACCGGCCCAGCCCCCUUGGGUGUGGUGAUUCUUUCGUUUGACCUGUACUAGUUGGACUAAUCUCUGUUUUGCUGCUUUGCCAUGUAUAAUAGGUUUCUGGACCCUCUAUUGUUGAAAAACAAUGGUGUAGCUGUUUUGUGUCCACCCCCUCCAUUUUAGUCUCUUUUUACCUCAGUCAGGAGGGGUAUAGUAGGAAGUAAAAGGAAUGGGGGAUGUGCUCGGUCUGUUGAUUUAUGCCCCCCUCCAUUUUGUAGGACAAAUCUUUAUUUGAAAGUAUAAAGGAAAGUAAU